GUCGCCCCGGCGCCCCGAACCGAUUGCUGCCAUCGCCUGGCAUCCGACUGUCGUUUCUCAUCGCUCGGCGUCUCGCAUCUGUUGUUCGUGGUUGCUGUCUCUCCCACCAGCAUGAGCCGCCUUGCCAACAAGAUCGUCCUCGUCACCGGCGCUUCCUCGGGCAUCGGCGAGGCCACUGCCCGCGAGUUUGCCCGUGCCGGAUCGCACUUGAUCGUGACUGCCCGUCGAGUCGAGCGUCUCCAGGACCUCAAGAACAAGCUCAGCCAGGAGUUCCCGGCGAUCCGGGUUCUGCCCGUUGAAAUGGACGUUCGAUCGCGAGACCGGGUCUUCAAGGCGAUCGAGGACCUGCCUGUCGAUUUCAAGGACAUUGAUGUCCUCGUCAACAAUGCCGGACUUGUCAUCGGCAUGGAUACGAUCGAGAACGUCAAGCCCGAAGCAAUCGACACCAUGAUCGACACCAACGUCAAAGGCCUGCUGAACGUAACCCAGGCGGUUCUGCCUGGCAUGAAACACCGUAAGCGCGGCCAUAUCAUCAACAUCUCCUCUAUCGCUGGUACCGAGGCGUAUGCCAAUGGUGGCAUCUACUGUGCAUCCAAGCAUGCCGUCCAGGCCAUCACCCGAUCCUUGCGAAUGGAGCUCGUCGGCACUCCUCUCAAUGUCACCAGCAUCGAGCCUGGGCUGGUCGAGACAGAGUUCUCGGUUGUGCGCUUCGGAGGCGACAAGAGCAAAGCCGACAGAGUCUAUGAGGGUCUCGAGCCCCUCACAGGGCAGGACAUUGCCGAGACUGUUGUCUUUGCCGCCGGCCGACCGCCGCAUGUGCAGAUUGCCUCGAUGGUCGUCUUUCCCACCUCCCAGGCGGCCGUCCACGUCGUCUCUCGUCAGUAAACAGGCCUGCAGACUUGCGCGAUCGAGCGGCAGAUGCUGCGUCUCGGGGGAAUGUGCUGGAUCGACACUCAGUUGUGUGUCCGUGUGGCAUGAGAGUGACCGCACGCAAGGAUGCGAAUAUACAUGGUCAACCAGUGGUCCAAGGAGA